AUGUCGUAUAAAGAAUAUUUCUAUACACAGAUCAUGUUAGUUUUAAUAAUAAAUAGUGUAUAUAGUGAAUUUAUAGACCUGAAUAGCAAAAGUAGUUUGACAUUCGUAAUAGAUGAUACAGGAUCGAUGAGCAACGAAAUUCGCCAAGUAAAAGAGGGUGCGAAAAGCAUUUUUGAUACUGUCAUGAAUUCAAAUUCAUCUCAGAUCGAAGAUUUCAUUCUAGUGACCUUCAAUGACCCAUCUAUCAAGCAUAGGAUUACAACCAAAAACUUAGCUGGAUUCAAGAAUGCUUUAGACUUCAUAAAUGUAUACGGUGGAGGCGAUUGCCCUGAGAUGUGUAUGACUGGAAUUAAAAAAGCUUUAAUUGAAAGUCGGCCGAGAUCUUUGCUAUACAUAUUUACUGAUGCCAGUGCCAAAGAUUACGAAAAGUAUGAAGAAAUUAAAGAUUUGGCCCAGAGAAAGCUUAGUCAGAUUAUCUUCGUUCUAACGGGAAUGUGUGGCAGCGAAAAAGAUCCUCAUUACAAGGUGUUCGAAUAUCUCGCCACGGCUACGUCUGGACAGGUCUUUCACUUAGAUAAAUCUGGGGAGGUUCAUAAGAUUUUAAAAUACGUCGAGGAAUUGGUGAAAAGCAGAAAAACCGUUAUAGCCAAUAAAGAUUUUCCACCUGGCCCUAAUACGUUUACGUACGAAGUUGAUAGCAAAAUGAAAGAACUAGUCAUAUCGGUAGCUGGAAGAGAUCCAAGUGUGACUGUAACUGGACCUGAUGGUAAAACUGCCGCCACAGAGGACAUCACUCGGACGUCUACUAUUGCUGUGGUGAAAGUAACUGAAGUAAAGCCAGGAGUCUAUAAUGCAGAAGUAAACAGCCAAACACGAACUUCAGUUGUGGUCACUGGACGUACCACUCUUCAUUUUGUAUAUGGAUUUGCUCCAAUCGUACCUUCAACAAUUUCAAGUACUGCUACUAAACCUUUGCCAGACACAAAAUCUUUUGUUGCCAUUAAGCUGACGACUGAUGAAUCCGACGAUGUAGUUCUCGAAACUCUGCAAAUUCGAAAUAUGGAUGACAAUAUUGUUACGGAAGUGCCAUUUAACGUAACAGCUGACAAGAAAAAUCAAUUUUAUGUUACGGACAAACUGAAAUUCCCAAACACUGCAUUCAGAAUUGCGAUAAAAGGUUAUGACUCUGAGACCAAAACAUCGAUAACGAGAAUUAGCUUGACGCCUACAGAACCACAGAUAAUAGUGGAUCGCGUCAACAUACCACCAACAGUUGCGAUUGUCGGAGAAUCUAAAGUAACGGUCGAGUAUGAUAACCCUUUGGAAUUAAGAUGUAGUAUAACAGCGUAUCCUAAGCCUGUAGUUGUAUGGGAGGAUAACGAUGGAAAUUCGCUCCCAGCUGAUUUAACUAUAAUAGGAAUUCCAAAUGACUACUUAAGCGUUCUAGCCAUCGACAGCGUGAAGGAGAAUAAAACAUACACAUGCAAAGCAGAAAAUGAUAACGGUCAAGAUAAAAAAGACAUCGUUGUUGAAACUACCAGGGCUUUCUACUUAGAUGUUUUGGAGGCACCAAAAAGUGAAGAAAUUGAAAUUGACACAUCAGCAAAAUUUGUAUGCAAGGUGGACGCUAGACCAACAGCGGAUAUCAAAUGGCUAAAAAAUGGCCAAUAUCUUAGAACAGACGAAAACAUUAAGCUAUCACCUGACAGCUCAGAGCUAAUUAUUAACAGGAUGAAAAUUGAACAUUCCGGACGCUAUAUGUGUGUUGUGACAAAUUUACGUGAGAAACGUGCUUUUAAAUUUUAUGUUGGUGUAUCUGGAGUAGAACAACCUAAGAUAGAAAAAAAUAUAAAUGAAAUUCGAACACUAGAGGGAGCUAAUGUUGAUAUAGAAUGCAGAUUGCUUCAAGGUAAACCAAAACCUACAAUGCGUUGGUUCUUCCAAACACCUCAAGGAUCUGAAGAAAUCGACGCAUCAGGAGAAGAUCACAUAACUCUCAACAGUGUCACGACAGAAACGUCAGGCACGUACCGCUGUGAAGCUCAUAAUGAUGUAGGUGAUGAUUAUCAUUAUACGGAUGUUAUUGUGGAUUAUCCACCUGUCAUAAGAAAAGGUAAACCAGAAAUAAAACCUUGGGAAGGUGAUAAAAUAAGAAUCCCUUGCAGAGUGGUAGGUGAACCUGCCCCUGAAGUUAAGUGGUUUAUCAAUGACACUGAAAUUGAUGAAGAACGCUUCAAGGUUCACAAAUCUCAUAGUUUAAAUUUUAGAGUAAAAUUAACGGAUAGCGGCACCUACAGGUGCCAAGCUACUAACCCUCAUGGUACAGCAAAUGCAACCACUCUAGUGCAGGUUAUUAUACCACCACAAAUCGAAUCUCCUGCAGAGAGCCGACUUAAUGUCCUAAUAGGCAAGAACGUCAAACUUCCUUGUGUGGUAAAUGGAUUCCCGAAGCCAAAAAUAACAUGGAUAUUCUACAGCUCUAACUCGUCAAUACUACCACGUAAGCUGAAAACACGAGACCCGUCAGGCUCUUUGUCAUUACAAACAGUGCAACUUGACAAAGAAGGAUACUAUGCCUGCGAAGCAAAAAACAUUGGUGGCAAUAAAACAAUCACUUACGAAGUAAAAGUUCUUGCACCUCCACAAAUACAAAACAUAUAUCCAGAGAAAACCUUGAAAGCAGUUGUUGGAGACAAAGUGCUUAGAGUUCGAUGUCAAGCUACAGGGAAUCCGAAACCUGACAUCAUCUGGAUUCAAGAGGAAAGCGGUACAAUUCCUGCUGGUUCUGAAUGGUACGAUAUUGAUAACGAUGGCACGUUAAUUAUCAAAAAUGUUGGAAAAGAUUCAGGGGGAGAGUAUAUAUGUCAAGCACAGAAUUCACUAGGAGUUGACAGAGAAAAGAUUCAUAUUGAUAUUGAACCUUAUCCUAGACCUGAUAUUCCUAAAUCAAAAACAUUAAUUGAAGAGGGUCACUCGAGCGACAUCGAAUGCAAUAUUCCUCAUACAAAAAUUGACUCCUUGAAUUGGUUCAAGGAUGGUAGAUUGAUAGCAAAAGGCGAACUUCGUUUGGAGAACGUGCAAACUACAGACUCUGGUAUUUACACUUGCCGGGUGAGCACGUUUGAGAAAGCACGUAACGCAAACGUACAAGUCACGGUUGGCUCUAAACCGAGAUUCUUAAAUCCUGCAGACAAACAUAUUGAGUUUUUAGACGGUUUUACUGCUGUUAUGGAUUGUAAUGUUGAAGGAAACCCUGAACCACAGGUAUCCUGGUGGAAUGGUGGAGGACAAAUACCUUUUAAAGGUAUGACUUAUACUAUCGAUAUGAAAGUAUCGAAUAUGGGCCAAUACACAUGUUUGGUUAAAAAUAGCUAUGGAAGCAUAUUACGCCAAUAUGAAAUUUCAUCAAAAGAUUGUAUGUUAAACAUUAAAUAUGAUUUUGAUGCAAAACAGCCUCUUAUGGUAUUACAACUAUCUGAUAGCUUGAUAUGGCCGUCGUCGUUUGAAAGAGUAGGCGAAUACGUGAGGAUACCAAAUGGUCAACCAGUACGUUUAUCUUGCCCCAAUGGUUUUCAACACUUCCCAACAAACGACAUCAUGGUUAGGUGUCUUAAGCAAAAACAAUUCUUGUAUAAUGGCAAAAGUCACGAAUUUCAAAAAUUUCAAUGUAGGACAGAACACAGACCAAUUUUAAGAAAAACUGGUGAAAGUUGCCUACCUGGUAACACUGAAAAAUUAAGAAUUGGUUAUGAAGCACUUGGACAGUUCUUGGAAGUAUACAGUGUCUGCUUUGAUGUCGAUAAUUUCGUGCCUAUUUAUGCAGAACAUAACAUUGACCGUAACGUAGCAGCCGAAAAACUGAAAAGAGAAGAAUGGUACGCGAAUGAAUACACAUUUUUUGACUUAGAAACUAUUUACAACUGUAAUAAGCAAAUGGCUAUAUUGAAAAUUUUGGGGACUGGAUCUUUUUGGGAUAACAGAUGUUGCUUUUCUAAAAGACAGUUGAUAAAUUCACGAGAUGUUUUACCUGGUUUAUCUCAGAGAGCUACGUACAAUCUUCUAAAUGUGGUCCCUCAGUGGUCUUCAUGCAACAGCAAGAACUGGGAUAGCAUAGAAGAGCUAGUAAGAAACUUGGCAAAAUUCACACCUGGUUUUCUUAAGAUUUGGACAGGUAGAUCACAGCAAUUGCAAAUAUCUGGCAAAGCUGUCAGUCUCGUGGAUCAGAACGGAGAACAGCAGUCGGUGCCUCAAUUUUUAUGGAAGGUGGUACAAGACCCUGCUACUCGAGAAUCGGUAGCCAUCAUCCAAGUUAACGUCCCUUAUUUGACUGAAUCUGACGCAAUGCGUUAUGUUCGCUGCAGAGAUGUCUGCAACGAAAUCGAAUGGAUGGAUGGAAGGUCCUGGCGUGACGUCAGAAACGGGUUCAUUUAUUGCUGCAACAUCAAAGAAUUCGAAGCAAACUUCGGCUACCACGGCAUCUUCAACAGCGGUGAUGGAAAGCUGCUUUACAGGAACGCACCUGCUCUUCCUAGUUUUACUUUGUAAAAAAUAGUCUAAAAAUAUUUUUUUUGUCUUUGUUGUGGUUUAAAAAAACAAUUGUUUCGAAUAACAUUUAGGUUUAACUAAUACCACUAUUUGAAUGUUCAAAGGUUAGAUUUUGUUAACAACACAAUAAUGUACGAGUAGCCCAAAAAGAUAAAGAAAUUAAAUUAAACGAAAGG